AAUAGUUAUCAAAAUUAAAUACAAAAAAAAAAAUAUUAUUAUUUAUUGUGUGAUUGAGUGAUCUUGUUUCAAUUAUUACGUAUUUAAAUUCUAAAUGCAAUUAAAUAUCAAUUUUCAGUUAAAUUAUAAAAUUAUAUUAUUAUUUUUACACAUGGCACUGUCGAAUACAAACAUUCAGAAUCAGUAUGUUAUUAUUUAGAACACAAACAAAGUUAUCUUGAUUGUACAUUUGAAAUAUUGAUUUAGAUAGGUAAAUAGUGUAGUGGAAUUAGUGAAGGAACAUAGAGAAGUCGGUGUAUCAUUAAUCUAUUACCGUAACCGCUGUAUAGAAAUACGUAUAAAUGGGUAAUUCGAACUUUAAACAACAUUAUGAAACAGCAUCUAAAACUGGUGUACUACAAAUCACAAACAACAAGAUAAAAGAUAUUCCCGAAGAAGUUCUCAACUUGUCAGAAAAUCUUAGAAAUUUAGACUUGUCGAAAAAUAAAAUUUCUCGCAUUACUGAUGAGAUUUCCAAGUUGAAGAACCUGAAACAACUCAAAUUGGAUUGUAACUUGAUUCAAGACAUACCAAAUUCCUUAACUAACUUGAAGAAGUUGGAGCUAUUAAAUGUAUCAAGUAAUAAAAUAUCAUCACUCCCACAAAGUUUUUCUUAUUUAACAAAUCUUAAACAAGUUUAUUUAUCAAAUAACAACUUUACCCAUUUUCCGACACAACUGUAUGGUCUGAAGAAUUUGGAUGUUGUUGAAAUUUCAAACAAUAAGAUAUCAGAGGUGCCUCGGGGCAUGGCAAACUUUUUUGCAGCAGAACUUAAUUUGAGUCAGAAUGAAAUUUCCUCUCUCCCUGAUGAUUUCCAUCAAGCCCCAAGGCUUAAGAUUUUAAAAUUAGAAGAAAACUGUUUGAAUCUUGAUGCCAUACACCCAAGUUUACUAAGUGAUUCUAAACUACAUACUAUCAAUCUGGAAGGUAACCUUUUUGAAACUAAGCAAUUAGCUUCUCUUGAAGGAUACAAUGAAUACACAGAGAGAUAUACUGCAAUUAAGAAGAAAAUGUUUUGAUUAUUCCAUAUGAAACUGUUUAAGCACAAAAAUAUAUUAAAUAAUUUAUUUUAUUACCUUA